GUCCUGAGCAUGAAUAACCAACUGGUGACUGUGCGGCACCAGGCGGUGAAUCGGAAGAAGGACAAUCGCUUUGCGGUCUCCCUGGACUCGGAGCAGAACAACAUCCAUGUGAAGGACAUUGUGAAGGUCAUCGAAGGGUCUCAUUCGGGCCGCGAGGGGGAGAUUCGGCACCUCUUCCGGGGCUUCGCCUUCCUGCAUUGCAAGAAGCUGGUGGAGAACGGAGGGAUGUUCGUCUGCAAGACGAAGCAUUUGAUUCUGGCGGGGGGGUCCAAGCCCCGGGAUGUCACCAACGUCACGGCCGGUGGCUUCGUGCCCAUGAGCCCACGGAUGAACAGCCCUAUGCACCCCAGCUCUGGAGGGCCACGGGGCGGCUUUGGAGGGGGUGGAAUGAACCGAGGCCGUGGGCGCAGGGAUAACGACCUCAUUGGACAGACGGUGCGGAUUUCCCGAGGGUCUUACAAAGGCUACAUCGGGAUGGUCAAGGAUGCCACGGAAUCCACCGCCAGGGUAGAGCUGCACUCCACGUGCCAGACCAUCUCAGUGGACCGGGAGCAUCUGACGAUCGUAGAUUCCAAAAAGCCGUCCGGCAUGCCCUCUGGCUACGGACGGACCCCCAUGUACGGCUCCCAGACGCCAAUGUAUGGCUCGGGCUCCCGCACGCCCAUGUACGGGACCCAGCACGACGGAAACCGGACGCCGCACUACGGCUCCCAAACACCCUUACAUGAUGGCAGCCGGACACCCGCCCAGAGCGGUGCCUGGGAUCCCAACACCCCUUCGAGGCCGGAGGAAGAGUUUGACUACGGUUUCGACGACGAGCCCACGCCUUCACCCCAGGGCUACGGGGCGACCCCCAACCCCCAGACUCCAGGCUAUCCAGACCCUUCGUCCCCGCAGGUUAACCCUCCGUACAACCCUCAGACGCCUGGAACCCCCGCCAUGUAUAACACAGACCAGUUCUCUCCGUACGCCGUCCCGUCUCCUCAGGGGUCCUACCAACCGAGUCCCAGCCCUCAAAGUUUCCACCAAGUGGCACCGAGUCCUGUGGGCUACCAGAACACCCACUCCCCCGCCAGCUACCACCCGACUCCUUCACCAAUGUCUUACCAGGUAUGCUUGAAAAAGCCAACCAAUGUCCUCUUGGGAGAAGACCGCGAAGCGACGGGGAUGCUGCUGAGCAUUGACGGGGAAGACGGCAUCGUCCGCAUGAACCCAGAAGAGCAGCUCCGAAUCCUCAACUUGCGUUUCCUGGGCAAACUCGUAGAAGCUUAA